AUGGGCAUGGAAGCGGAAAGGAUCGCCAGGAUACACGCUGUACUGACCACCGAAGCGGAUUCCAGGAGUCAUAAAGUAUCCCUGACUGUUCAAGUAGUUGUAGAGAGGACAGGCACUUGGCGCUUUGGCGCGGGCAGACAUCUCAACUUCGAGGCUUCCGCGUGCCUCGCCAAGACGAGCCAUAUAUUCGAGAUGGGUACGUGCAUCAUCAACAAUAUACGCAUCUUGACGAUCGACAAGCAGGCGGGCUUCCUCCUCGAGAAGUUCGAGGGGCAAGGCGGUGAACAUGUUCUGAUUAGGAGCCUGUGGAUUGGUUCCAACGAGGACAGAGCACAUGCUAUGAGUCCUUCGUAG